AUGUACAAGGGUCUGCUUCAGAAUUAUGCUCAGAGGCGAGGCUUGGGCAUGCCGGCAUAUGACAACGAGUCUAUGGGCAUGGAUCAAGCUACUUGCUUCAAAGCCUCAGUCACAGUCGGUGGGCAGACCUUCAAAAGCCCACAGUUCUUCAGCUUGCUGAAAGAUGCAGAACAUGCAGCUGCAAAGGUCGCUAUGGAGUUUUUUCUCCCAGAAGGAAAUCUAGAGGCAAUGCUCCUUUCUGUUCUUAGUUUCAUAUAAUGAGUUUUAUAUUUUGAUCUAUUUACAUGUUUUAAAUCUUAGUUUUCUUCAGAAAUAACUUGGAAGUAGGGAGGAACCUGGACGAAAAUAUAAAACUUUACUAAACCUAAGUGGGAGCAUUCUUCAAUGACAACUACUAGCUUUGCUAUCAAUGCACGAAAUUGAAAAUCUUUUAAAAAUAUGAAACACAUCUUUUAUUUAUUUUUCCUGAGAAUUUUUCCGUCUCUCAUAAGCUUGAAUAAAACGUGAUGAAAUUGUUAAACUUUAGUUGAACUAAAUGGGAGCAUUCUUCAAGUAGAACUAAGAACUGUGGCAUCGACGCAUGAACUAGAAAAUCAUCUGAAAGAAAUUAAAUCUGUUUCAAUGUUGCCGAUAAUUUUCUAUUGCCCAAAAACUUGGAAAAAUUAAGACCCAUGUUUCCCUGUUGUUCUUUCUUUCCAUCAGAAGAAAUUGGUUUUAUAGAAACAAAAAGCCUUCAUGUCAGUUCUUGGUAAGGAUUUCUGGUAUGGAUUGCUCAAUUCAUUCAAUAUAUCUUGGUUUAAAGAUGGGAAAAUUAAUUAAAGAUAACUCAGGGUGCCACCUAUUUUUUUUCUGUUCUACAGGAGGAGGGGAGGUUCUAUAAGAAUCUCCUAUGCGAGAUGACACAGAAAGAGGGCCUUGCCUUGCCGGUCUACGACACAGUCAGCGAUGGCCCUUCUCACAUGCCCACCUUUGCCUCCAGAGUUGAAAUCGAAGGCGAGAGGUUCCAAGGCAGUGUUAUGAAGACCAAGAAGCAAGCAGAGGACGAUGCUGCGAAGGUUGCAUGGACGAGGCUCAGAGAACGUAAAAUGGCUGGAUAAGCACCUCUUCUACCUCGUGAUUUAAGAUUUAUUUCUUCCUCUUUUUUUCACUUUGGUUUGAUUUAUAUGCUUCUGGAAUUAGAGGACUCGGCGUGCCUCUUUUUCAGAGUCGUAACUCUACUCGGGCCCAGAGACGACCCUGGAAAAUGGGGUAAACUGAGAUAGAUAAGUAGGUCCAUAGAUAGAUAGAUAGAUAGAGAGAUACAUAUAUAUAUAUAUAUAUAUAUAUAGAGAGAGAGAGAGAGAGGACUGUCAUUAGCCCAUUGACAAUCACCUCAAUUUUCAACCUCAUCGUCUGAACUGUUUGGAUAUAUAAUCUUUUUAAUCUUGAAAGAUAAGCAUGAUAUUUUGGGACUUUGAUGUUAUCUGUCUGGCCGAAUCUUUUGGAGACCUGACUACUGAAAAUCUUACUCCCUGGGAUAAUUUUGAGAAAUUAAACUUUGAACUGUAUGCCCAUCUAAACUUUUUGAUCUUGGCAUUAAGAUAAUUUGAGAAAUUCAUUUCGAUUUUUUCCAUAUAAUCUCAUUGGUCUUGGAAGUCAACCAUGACAUCGAGCUAUUUUGAUGCUAAUUUUUCUUCUGGGUCCUAAAAUUUAUGAAACCUUUUUUUUGCACGAUAAAUUUGAUGAUAAUAGUUCAUAUGGUUGCUAGAAAUAAAAAUAAAAAUAAAAAAUAAAUCCGGCAUUUGGAUUGACUAAUCAAGUAUCAUUCUCUUUCAGGUAAACUGAGCAGGUUCACCAGCGGGUUCUCCUCCAGGUUCCAAGUCAUCAAAAUCAAUGAUGUUUCUCCCUCCUUGCCUCCUCCUCUUCCCUCCCAGAGGGCUCAUCAAGAUGAUCCCCUCUCAGGUGACGUGUUUUCUCUCCAUUCCCAUGAGAAACAUGCAAAGCCCUCAAUCUGGUCAACCCUCGAAGAGGGUUUCUUUCGAUCAUAUGGUUUCUUCCUCCCCGGUAAGAGAGGGGAUCGCUACUUCUUCUUUUUUUAACUAAAAGCUCUCUGCUUGGGAUCAGAUGAUGCAGCCCAGAGAAAGAACCAGAGUGAUCCCCCGGGUGGCGCUGACAUUUCCAAUUCCAGCAAACUGGCGGAGGAAAUCGGCGGCGGCGGUGAACCAGUGCCGGGUUCAUAUGGGAGGAGGGAGCCUUCGUCGCCGCGCUCUCGUGGGGACGACGAGAUCUCCUCGGCCUCAGCCUCUGUACAGGGGAAAUAUGAAUUCACUGCGAGUGAGGAGGAGAGCUCCACAUCGGCCAUCAGGGUCAUCGUCUGCCCUAGAAAAAACAACUCCCAGUUGCCUGCGGGCGCCAGGCUGCUGCCUUUCAGUGACGAUAUGUGGAUGGCUGUGAGGAUCGAAUGA